AACGCAGUGCAGCAUCCAGGAAUUGGGCUCCUCUUUAAAUGUUUUUCUAUCUACUUACAACUACUUCCUUUUCAUCCCCAGGGUCUUCUGACUGUUAAAAAUGGCGAGCAAAAACCAGGCUGUAAACGAAUUGGAAAUACAGUUAGUAGAAUCACAAGAACGUCACUUAUGGUUUGAUAAUGUGAAGGGCAAGUUUGAAUUUCACAAGCCCGAAGACGAUAAGCCAGAUGAUAGCGCAGGAAAGCUUUCUCCUGUGUCCCUAAACAGAGUACCCAUGUAUCUCAAGGACUUAAAGCCAUAUGCAUAUGUGCCUCGAGUGGUCUCUUUGGGCCUUUUUCAUCACAGGAUGUCUCAGACUCUCUCUCAGAUAGAGUUAAAAAAAGUAAAGGCCGUAAAUCGAUCAGUGAGAAGGCUCCCAAAAAACCAGCAGCACGCACGCUUUCUAGUGGAAAAAGUGCAGAGCUUGCUUCCAGAAAUUACAGCAAGCUACGAAGGAAAGCCAGAGUGUGAGGAAGAAAUCCUUGCGUGGCUCUUCACUCUAGACGGAUGCUUCAUUCUGGAGACUCUCAGGCUUCUCAGUGAUGAAUCACGAUGGAACCCCAAUGCUGAUUCGGGAUGGAACUUCGAUCCCGUUUUCAAUAGAAACAGGGUCCAGUCUUGUCAAUUUGAUAUUUUCACUGACCUGCUGAUGCUUGAAAAUCAGGUUCCCAUGAUCGUCCUCAUUCAGCUGUUGGAGAUGGAGGAAAACUUAACAGAAGAAGCAGAAAGGACACAGCUGCUUAGAAUGAUAUGUGACGGUAUAAUUGCCUUGGCUCACCCUUUCUCAUAUUCUAUGCAGCGGAAAACAAGGGAACCACUAAUAGAACAUAAAGAGCGGGAGGCAAAACUGAGAGAAAAGCUCAAGUCAAAGUAUAGAAAUCUGAAGGAAUACAACCACAUUUUGGGAUUUUUUCAUGAUUUCAUUGUGAAUGAGUCCGAGACUACCCAUGGCGAAGAACAAACCCAGGAUGUUAAAAUAACAGUACCAGAGGGCCGUCGUCAUUCUCAUUUCGAUGGCUCUAAUCCUUGUAGAACACUCCAUGAUCGUAGAAAAGAGUCUGAUAAUCGAAUCCUUCGGGCUUCUGCGACAGAGUUAAACAAUAAAGGAAUGAAGUUCAAGGCGUACGAGGGAGUUCCGUCCGCCAUGGAACUCCGUUUCGACAAAAAGAAAGAGACUUUGUUUCUCCCUAUGAUAUGGGUAUCUGAUGCUACAGAGAUGAUCUUCAGGAACCUCAUGGCUGUGGACGUCUGCCAAGAAAAAGAACUCACUGUUAUCUCAGAGUAUGUGUUUCUGAUGAAUAGUUUGAUCGAAUCUGACAAGGACGUGGCUUUGCUGAGGAAGAAGGGAGUAAUUCAGAGUUCCAUUGGCAGUGAUGAGGAAGCGACUGACCUGUUCAAUAGUCUGUGCAAAGGAAUUAACUUCACUCUCUCUGAUGAAGAUAAGUUUAUGAGUUUGAAGAGUGAUGUUAAUAACUGGUACAGAAGCCGAACUGUUGUGAGAUUUAUGAGGUGGGUGGAGACUCAUCCAAAGCUUGUGCAAUUUGCCGCUAUGUUUUGGGCUGUUAUUCUUGUUUUGGCAAGUGCAGCGCCCUCAUUUGGGCAAAUAAUUAAACAAUUCAACAGAAAGCACUGUAAUAAGGAUGAAUAGCUCGGUGAUAAUAGAUCCCAAUAUAGUGUAAUAAUAUGACUGUUGUGACCAUAGAAAGUGUGUGUAUGAGCAGCUCAUAGCUGCUAAUAUACUUCAUAAAUUUCAAAGUAUUUUGUAUAUCUUCGUACAAACAAAUAAGAUGAAUACA